CCUCUGACUGGCUUCUGCUGAGUCUCUCAGAUACCCACCCUUUGUGGGGCUUUGAAAGCCAGAAGAGAGGAGAGCAAGAACCCAGCCACCGCCCCUGAGUGCCCUGUGGCACUACCACUCACUGUUUUACUGUGAAAAAGCAGGCCACCCGGGCUGUUUGGUCACUGCCACCAUGAGUCUAGGUAUAAUGGAAGAGGAAGAUCUGGCCGAAUACUUCCGGCUGCAGUAUGGAGAGCGGUUGCUGCAACUUCUGCAGAAGUUCCCAAAUGUUGAGGAUCACUCAGAUUCCCCAUCCAUGCGACUGCUGGAGAAGAAGAAAGAAGCCAAGAUCAUGCAUCAGGCCAUGGAGCAGAAGAAGGAGACAUUCCAGCAAAGGAUGGAGACCCUGAACCUGCGCUGGGAGGAACUAGGUGUCAAAGAAGAGCAGCUGAAGGCCCACAUCCAGAAGUUUGAUCACUUCAUCCAGGAGAAUGACCAGAAACGGAUCCGUGCCCUGAAGAAAGCCAACAAGGAGCGGGAACUGAAGAAGCAGCGCCUCCGGGAAUUGACCAAGGCCAAGCAGGAGAUGAUUGCACUGCGUCUGGAGCACCAGAGGCUGAGUGUCAAGCUACAAGACUACGUCAUCUUCAACAAGUACCUGGAGAAGGUGGUAGAGAACUCUGAGUUUGAGGAGAUCCAUGAGGUGAUUGCCCGCUACAAGACACUGGUGAGCAUGCACCAAGACCUCAUGCAGUCAGCACAAGAGGGCCAGGAGAAGAUCGAGCGUGCCAAGGCUCAGCUGGCCCACUACAUGGAAGAGAAGGACGACGAGAUCCUCCAGCACAACAACGAGCUGGCCCAGCUGCAGAUGCGCUUUGACAGGGCCCGCAGUGACGUCAUCUUCUGGGAAUCUCGCUGGGCACACAUCCAGAACACUGCUGCCAAGAAGACGCUCCUGCUUGGCACCAUUAAGAUGGCGACACUGAACCUCUUCCAGAUCGUGAGCAAGCAGCUGAAGGAGACCACCCAUGUGUCCCUAGAGGACACACACAAACAGUUGGACAUGAUCCAACAAUAUAUCCAAGACCUGUCAGAUAUCUGGGCAGAGGUAAAGAAGAAGGAACAGCAGCAAGUCCGGGUAUAAGGAGGCAACAUGAUUCCAGAAUGUUCUAAAACAGAGAC